AUGGAUCCAAGGUGUAUAAUCCAACAAUUCAAUAUGUGCGUCACUGCGGUAGAAGCCUCAGCUCCAGAAAUCUCUAUCGUCAAACUCCAUGGCCUCGUCUCCGGUCUGAUUCGAGGUGCGCAAUGUUCCGCCUUCUUCCUCACAAUUUCAGAUCAUCUUCGUUCAACAAACGCCAUAGUGUCUUCGCUUCUCCUGGAUGGUAUUCCUCUCACGCUCAACCAUAGCUCCUCCUUGCUUUGUUCAUCACCAUCUCCACUCACUCCUCAGGGCUGCUUUUGUGUGAAUUGCUACGGGUACAAAGCACUUGGUACAUGGUCAUAUUGGCAAAGCAUGGUUCAUGGUUAUGAAGGUAAAGCAUGGUUCAUGGUUAUAAAGGCAAAGCAUGGUUCAUGGUUACAAAUGAGUGAAGAUUCAAAACAUGUCAUGAAGAUGAAGAUGAAUAGCGCAUAG